GUAGAAACUCACUACCCGCACCCUACCCCCAGACUUCCUUCCCAAAAACAACCCCAGUGAGUCACUCUGCCCGGACCCUACCCGUAGACUUCCUGUAUUCUACCAACGCACUCAACCCUUAAGCCUCCCGCCUGUCUGAACUUUGCCUGACCUCUACAGAAAGGACCCGCAUGGCCCACCCUACUCUGCCCAGUAAUUACAUUCAGUCAAUCAAUCUGCCUGGAGACAAUCAGUCUAUCUCAAGCCUCUACGAUGACCUCAUCAGCUCUGUGUCAGCCCUUUGUUCCUUUUCCUAUAAAAGCCUUUUUACUUCAGCUGCGCAGUUGCAGCCAGCCCCAGCCUCCUUCCUCUCUGGCCUGCCCGCUAAUCCCAAUAAACCUGAACUCAGCCUUCAACUCUCGAGCUGUUAUUUGGGAUUGAGUGUCGGGCAGAGGGGCUACACAGGGUCGCACAUUUGGUGCCGAAACCCGGGAGCGAGGGUCGUCAGCCUCCCUGGCGACCCCCUCCCUCCAGCGACCUCGCCAGACCCCCUUCGAUUCGACCUCAGCACUCCGGAUAAGGCUGGAUUGAAGCUUUUCCUACCACCUCCGAGUCUGCCGACACCGUUGCCGCCCAUCUCAUCCGAGACAUCAUCCCUCGGUUCGGGCUGCCAGCCACUAUACAGUCAGACAACGGCCCGGCCUUUGUCUCCAAAGUUACUAAUGCUGUCUGUACUUCCCUAGGAAUUCAGUGGAGACUACAUGCGGCCUACCACCCCCAGUCGUCGGGUAAAGUAGAACGGGCAAACGGACUCAUCAAAGAGCAGCUUACCAAACUCUCUCUCGAACUUAAACAAUCAUGGGUCUCCUUACUACCGUUAGCCCUCACCCGAUUGCGAGCCCGCCCUCGGGGGUCCUCACAACUCAGCCCAUUCGAGCUCUUAUACGGGCGACCUUUCCUGCUUUCCACCCCACCCCCUCCAGAAAAUUCCCCUCUAAGCACUUAUCUUCCCUACUUUACCCUUCUUAGACACUUACUUAGAGAACAUGCCAAUGCUUCCAUACCCCAGACUUCAGUAAUUCCACUAAACCAAAAGACAGUCGCCCCUGGUGACUCUGUCCUUAUUAAGACCCUCACCCCAAAACCCCUCUCACCCCGCUGGGAGGGGCCCUACACCGUCAUUUUAGCCACCCCCACGGCCAUCAAAGUUGCUCAGAUUCCCUCUUGGGUUCAUCUCUCCAGAGUCAAAAAGUAUCCUAAUGGCUCUGCCAGUCCCCGCUGGGAGUGUGUUCCUACUGGUCCUCUAUCACUUAAGCUUUUUAAGACCUGACUUAUCCCUAGCUAACCCACAGUAUGUCUGGAGAUUUUUUCUUACUGAAAAUUACACCAAAAACACUGGAAUUUGUGAAACCCCUCCUUAUUCCCAUAACCACCUGCUGACCACUACCGACUGCCCCGCCACCGGGUGCACGUUCCCCAUCCAACUCAAUUUCUCCGCUUUCAAUAACGUCCACAGUACUCACCCAUUGCUGUGCUUUAACUACAAACAACCAGGUCAAUGUAAAGUCUCCACAUGGCACUCUUGUAUGGGAUGUGUCUGGAAGUCCUGUAAGUAUGACUCCACUUUCAAUGAAGGCGAGCAAAAGAACCAUUUCCCUUCUCUCAUUGAAAAGACCACCAAAUUCGACUCAGAAGGUAACCCUACUACAGAAACCCAAUUCACUCUAACUAUUCCAGAUCCAAGAGACCAAAGGUGGCUGUCGCCCCAAAAAGCCUCAGUCUAUGAGACUAACACCGACAGCUACCCGUCCUCACACCUGUACAUCUGGUGGGCAUAUGUCCUUACCUCACCAGAAAUUCACAACACAAUCCAAAUACAAGAAGCCACACUAAAAACUAAGUUAGCCCCCUUUUCAUGGCUAACCCUUAUGAGAGAAGGCCUAAAGCUUGCUAAUCAGACUGGGCUCACCGACUUAAUCUCCUGCCUCUUGUGUGCUACUCUUGGGCAAACUCCUUUAGUCGCAGUCCCAACCAUGUUUUCUGCAAACCAAACCACUGAAACAAGCCAAUGCCCUCCUCCCAUUCCAGACGUCCCACUCUUCUAUUUCGACACUUCCUCCUUUCCAAUGUGCUAUUCUUUACAGAACCUAGACCCUACUUGCAACAAAACCCUUCAACUCUCAACUAAUCUAACAGCUCCCCACGGUUUCUACUUUUGGUGCAAUGGCACUCUCUCCAAACUCCUAACCCUAUCCGACCUCAAAGAACAUUCCCGCUGCCUCCCUGUCACCUUAGUCCCACGCCUCACUGUCUAUUCACCAGCUGAAUUUCUUAUGAAACACACUACUACCACCCAUACCUACUCCAGCCCCCACCGUCAACGACGAGCUGUUUUCCUUCCCAUAGUAAUCGGGCUCUCCCUCGCAGGAUCCGCUGCCGCUAUAGGCCUAGGAACAGGAGCUUUAGUUAAUAAUAAUCAAGCUAUAACUCGCCUUUCCUUGCAGCUACAAGCAGCAAUUGAUGACUCUGCUGCCUCCCUAGCAUCUCUCCAACGACAGGUCACUUCGGUAGCCCAGGUAGCCCUACAAAACCGACGGGCUCUAGACCUGCUGACAGCUGGACAAGGAGGAACCUGCAUCUUCCUACAGGAAGAAUGUUGCUACUAUAUCAAUGAAUCCGGAACAGUAGAAACCCGCAUCGAAAAGCUCCAGAAAAUCAAGACAGAACUACAAAGUCAUCAGUUUACCACUGAAGCCACCACAUGGUGGUCAUCGUCCAUGUACUCUCUCCUAUCCCCUUUAGUAGCGCCUCUGAUAAUCAUAUGUCUUUUCUUACUUAUCGCUCCUUGUUUCUUUCAGUUUCUACAACGCCGUUUUCAAGAACUCACUCGAGUCACAAUCAACCAAAUGAUGCUACAACCAGUUCUCAGCCAUCCCAACUACAUUUAUCGCCCCCUACCAACUUCCCAGACUCCUUAAAGAACCCCCACUUCGCCCCUGUCCAGCAGGAAGUAGUCAGAACGACUCCGCCGCCCCUUUGUCCUUUUUUAAGGAGUCGGGAAUGUUAGGUAGAAACUCACUACCCGCACCCUACCCCCAGACUUCCUUCCCAAAAACAACCCCAGUGAGUCACUCUGCCCGGACCCUACCCGUAGACUUCCUGUAUUCUACCAACGCACUCAACCCUUAAGCCUCCCGCCUGUCUGAACUUUGCCUGACCUCUACAGAAAGGACCCGCAUGGCCCACCCUACUCUGCCCAGUAAUUACAUUCAGUCAAUCAAUCUGCCUGGAGACAAUCAGUCUAUCUCAAGCCUCUACGAUGACCUCAUCAGCUCUGUGUCAGCCCUUUGUUCCUUUUCCUAUAAAAGCCUUUUUACUUCAGCUGCGCAGUUGCAGCCAGCCCCAGCCUCCUUCCUCUCUGGCCUGCCCGCUAAUCCCAAUAAACCUGAACUCAGCCUUCAACUCUCGAGCUGUUAUUUGGGAUUGAGUGUCGGGCAGAGGGGCUACAGAGGGUCGCACACAAGUUUGUUGUGGUCUGUUUACAAGAUUAAUCAUCUGUUGAAAGGGCGAUGACUGCAGUUCAGACCUCAGUCUAUGGUACAGAUCAAGCAAUUCAACUUUUUCUU